UUGAUUUCUUCUAUUGUAAUUUUAGUGCUGCCUGAGCAAACCCCUGUUGUCCAGGAGUGCUACCAGGGCAAUGGACAAAAUUAUCGAGGCACGUCGUCCACCACUAUCUCAGGAAAGAAAUGUCAGUCUUGGUCAUCUAUGACACCACACCGGCAUGAAAAGACCCCAGAAAAGUUCCCGACUGCUGGCUUGGAAAUGAACUACUGCAGGAAUCCAGAUGGAGAUUCCAGCCCUUGGUGUUAUACCACUGAUCCGAGAGUCAGAUGGGAGUUCUGCAAUCUGAAAAGAUGCUCAGAAACACAGGAGAGUGUCCCAAACGUUCCGAUUGCUCCCCAAGUUCCACGUGUAGAUUCUUCUGAAUCAGACUGUAUGUUCGGGAAUGGUAAAGGAUAUCGGGGCAAAAAAGCAACCACUGUUACUAACACACCCUGCCAGAACUGGGCUGACCAGAAGCCACACAGACACACUAUUUUCACUCCAGAAACAAACCCACAGGCGGGUCUGGAAAAAAAUUAUUGUCGGAAUCCUGAUGGUGAUGUCAAUGGUCCUUGGUGCUACACGAUGAAUCCAGGAAAACUUUUUGACUACUGUGAUGUCCCACUGUGCUCCCUGCCAUCAUCACUGACAAAGUCAUACCCGCUUGUCUGCCAACUGCAAAUUACGUCGUUGCUGACCGAACAGAGUGUUAUAUUACGGGCUGGGUGA